AUUCAGCUACUCUAUCGGUGCUAUGGCCAAGGCCAUGUACGACAGACAGUUCAAGUGGUUGGUAAAGAGAGUCAAUGAAACCCUGGACACCAAGCAGAAGAGACAACACUUUAUCGGAGUGCUCGAUAUCGCCGGCUUUGAGAUUUUCGAUUUCAACGGGUUUGAACAGUUGUGUAUCAACUUCACAAACGAAAAACUCCAGCAAUUUUUCAACCACCACAUGUUCGUGUUAGAACAAGAGGAAUACAAGAGAGAAGGGAUCGACUGGGAAUUUAUAGACUUCGGUCUGGACUUGCAAGCUUGCAUCGAGCUUAUCGAGAAGCCCAUGGGUGUCCUGUCCAUUAAUUAAUAGAUAAAUACU